AUGUUCAAAUUCAAUUUUAACGCAGAGGACUCACCCAAGUCUCAUUCAUGUGAAAAUGAAUAUGAAGUGGUUAAAACAGAAGAAUUGUCUACACCUAACACAUUAAUCACUAAAUCGUUUACUAACUUGACCAUAAGAGAUCGGUCUUUAAAACUUGUGAAUGAAUUUCCUAGCAUAUACAAUUCAGAUCUUAUUCCUGGCACUUAUGAAGGGGGAUUUAAACUUUGGGAAUGCACUAUUGACCUUUUAGAAUAUCUCAGCAACAAUUCUGUAUUCUUUAAUGGAAAAUCAGUCUUAGAUUUAGGCUGUGGAACUGGUCUUCUAGGAAUUUUUACAUUAGUUUCUGGAGCUCAAAAUGUCGACUUUCAGGAUUUUAACAAAGAUGUAUUAAUCAAUACAACUAUGAGUAAUGUAUUGUUGAAUUGUGAAGACAAAUUAAAUGUUUGCAAGUACUAUUCAGGUGACUGGAAAUCAUUUACUGAUUUUAAUGAAAAUAAAUACGACCUAAUUUUAACAUCAGAAACUAUUUAUAAUGUAAAUAACUAUAAAAAACUUAUCAAUCUAUUUGAAAAAAAAUUAAAGCUUUCUGGAUGUAUCUUAUUAAUUGCCAAAAAUUAUUAUUUUGGUGUUGGUGGAUCAAUAAGUGAGUUCAUACAUUUUUUAAAAUCAUCCAAAUUAAAUUCAGAUAUUGUAUGGGAAAGUACAGAUGGAGUGAAAAAAACUUUACUUAAUAUACAUUUUUAG